AUGUCGACCAUCAACAACAACCCCGAAAACUACGCCCUCUUUCGGGACUGUUUGUCCACCACUCUCCUUCAACCCGCCUCUUCGGCCCCGGACCCGCCCAAGCGCCGUCGGCGUGGUAAGAACACCUGUGCUCCGCUCGUUGCAUCCACCCCGGCCCAGGAUCCGGAGAAGGAUGCUGAAGAACUUGCUGAAUUUGUCGAUUAUCUCGCUACUGAGAUCUUCGAGAAUCUCCCAGAGGAGUUGCAAAAUCUGGAGUAUCGGACAUGGCGAGAGAAUGGAGCGUUACAGGAGCAGUACUCUCUCCCACUCACUAAAGAAAGCCUUGUGGUGUUAAACCUGCCACCGUCUGUGAUUGAGACCCUCACAACUUACAACCUUAUCUCUGCCGAUCCCUAUGUUGAAUCACAUCUCCCGUCCUCCCCAGAGUCAUUCCUCCUUCCCAUUCUCACCUCCUACAUAACUCAUCUCAUCGAGCCACCUCCUGCUACACGGUCAACUCGGGCUGACGCGUGUGAGCUAUGUGCCCGAUCGUGGGUUCCUCUGUCCUACCAUCACCUCAUCCCGCGGUUCGUGCAUGAAAAGGCCGUUAAGCGAGGAUGGCACCGCAAAGAAGAUCUGCAGAACGUGGCGUGGUUGUGUGGUGCAUGUCAUCGCUUUGUUCAUCACUUCAAAACUCACGAGGAGCUUGCACGGGACUACUACACUGUUGAGCUGUUGCUGAACGAGGAAGAGGUUCAGAGAUGGGCUAACUGGGUUGUAAUCCUUGGAAAAUAUCUUGUAUAA